AUUAGCUAAUUGCCAAUUGGUAAAGCGAACCAACACAUUUCUGUUCGGUGCUCCGGUAGUUUUUCACCUUGACGGUUCUCUUCUCCUACUUUCCUUCGUAAGUUCAUUUUCCAGGUUUUAAGAGCUAGACAAUUGCAAUGGAAACUGAUGCUUUUGGUGAAGCAAGUGUAUCUCAUGAUGAUGUUGUUACUGGUUAUCCAGAGACAGAGUCUAAUAAAGUUGACUCACUUGAAGGGAGUUCAUCUAAUGGAGAGGUUGUUGGAGAAUUAGGAAAUGCUGGGGAGUUUCUAACGAGAGUUGAAUUAGAUUUAGCAUGUUCUUCUGAAAAAUUGGUUAACCUAAGUGUCCUUAUGAUGCAAGUGGCGACCAGGGAAAGUGACUAUGAAGCCUUUGUGUCACGGGGAGAAGGCAUGUCGAGUAAUUCUUUUGAGAAGGCUUUGGAAUUUGAUCUCUUAUCUGGAAUUUUAGAUUCAGAGGUGCAAGAAGUGGAUAAAUUCAUGUCUACACUUCAAGCAGAUGUAAUUAGUGCCCAUGAGAUAGUAUCUUUAUUCAAACACUUGGGAGAAACUUUUGUGGAAAUGGAAGGAAAGUUGUGUGAUUCUGAACUAUCUUUGAAGCAGUCGCAAGAUCAGGUCUCUGAAAUUAGGAUGCAAUCUGCGAAGUUCCAGAGGAUCUUGGCAAGUUCUAACCGGGAUGAGCAUUGGAAUAAUGAUAAAGGUGUGGACUUUCCGGGGGAUGAUCAAUUUUUGGAUACCUAUGCAAAUAUAAAAAUGCAAACUGCUGAACAACAAAGACAUAUUCUCAGGCUGCUGGAAAAGUCUUUGUCUAGAGAGAUGGAUAUUGAGAAGAAGUUGACCGAAUCAAGGCAAAUUGAAGAAGAAUUGAAGCUGAGGCUACAUUCUUCAGAGCAAGAAGUAUUUUUCCUAGAGGAAGAAGGAGCAGAUAUUUGGGAGAGAUGGUUCCAGGCAGAUAAUGCCUCAGAAAUUCUGAUGGGAAUUUCAAAAGAACUACUGGGUCGUCUCCAUAUUUUUCAGUUUAAUUUGAAUGGUGCUGUUCAGAGGGAAGCUGAGCUAAGACGUGAGCUUGAACGCACUACAGAACAGUUGAAAUCCAAAGAAAUUAAUUUGCACAAGCUUGAAAGCGGUGAAAUGGACAAUGUUAUUGUGGGUCUGAAAGAAAAAAUAUCUAAAGCAGAAAGUAGGGCAGAAAGCGCUGAAGCCAAGUGUAAAUUAUUAGCAGAAACCAAUAUUGAACUUAAGGAUGAGCUGGGUCUUCUUAAAGAUGGUGGUAAUAUCUCUGAGAAGGUGAAUUUACUUGAGAGGCAAUUGCAGGAAUCUGAUUAUCGACUACAGCGUGCAGUGGCAUCUGCUGAAGCUAGUGAGGAGAAGCAGAGCAUGUUGAAUUCUACAAUUGGAGACAUGGAGAAUUUGAUUAAGGAUCUGAAGUUGAAGGUUUUAAAAGCAGAAACUCGGGCUGAUAGUACUGAGGAGAAAUGUAUCAUAUUAUCCGAAUCUAAUAUGGAGCUACAUAAGGAACUGAGCUUUUUCAGUAGCAGACUGGAAUCCUUGGAGGCAUCUUUGCAUCAAGCUGAGGAAAUGAAAAUAGCAAACGCAAAGGACAUUGCUACCCGGAAAAAAGUUAUUACAGAUUUAGUCGUGCAACUGUCAAUUGAAAGAGAGCGUCUUCAUAAGCAGAUAUCUACAUUGACAGUGGAGAACCACAAUUUGCUACUGAAGUUACAGCAGAUGAACAUGCACCACCCUGUAGAUAUUGGCCAUAAUGGUCGAGGGAACAGUGAAGAAUUUUCAUUGCCCAAGCAUGAUUUGACUGAUGUUACUUGUGCAAGAGAAAGUAAGGAAGAAGUGACUGAGUUGUCAGCUACUGGUUCCAUGUUGGACAAGAAUCAGGUAAGUGUUACAGUUGGUAUGACCAAAGUGGUGUCUGCAAAUUCUACAUCAGAGCUUGAGUCAGUGAGGAGAAUAGAUGCAGGGCUCCUGAACUUUAAACAUGUUUUAAUGGCGAUCAUCAUCUUACUGAUUUCAGUUGUAGCUUAUUUAAUUCAAAAAUAAAUUUCCUUCUGUUAUUUUAUGCUCGUCUAAAGUUUUGUCAUCGCCAAUAAUAGAAAGGUUUUCAUCAGUGCUUUUCUUGGUGUUUA